UGGAACAACUAUACAUCUACCCUCCGCGACUCAUCCCUCCGUGAACUGGCAAACAGCACACUGCCGUCUCUCUUGAUGUCAGCAAAGGCCGAAUCCACCACGACCAAGUACAAGGCUUCAUGGACAAAGUGGGAGACCUGGGCUUCAUCAAAACCAGAGAUUACCAAGUUCCCGGUCAACCCAUUCCAAUUUGCACUCUACAUAUCGCAUCUGUCAUCCACCGGAUCCAAGUCCACCGCCGAACUCGCUGCAGCAGCCGUCAAAUGGGUGCACAGUUUGGCUGGUCUACCCUCACCAACAGACAACAGCAUUGUCAAGAUGGCACUGCAAGGCUUUAAAAGGCAGAACUCUUCACCGACCAUCCGGAAAGACCCAAUCACACCAGACAUUCUGACAAAGCUGCAUAUCAACCACGGGCACUCCUCAGCAACACUGGCAGAUCUGCGCAUCCUGUUUGUUUGUUUCAUUUCUUACGCCGGAUUCCUUCGCUUCGAUGACAUAAGAAACAUUAGCAGAAAUGACUGUACAAUUUCUUCAGACCGUCUUACCAUACACCUUUGCAAAUCCAAGUCUGACCAAUUUAGGCAAGGAACAGAUGUCGUGAUCGCUAGAACUUUCAAACCGACUUGCCCAGUGCUCGUGGCCGAACGGUAUUUUUCGGCUCUAGGCGAUUCCAACAACUCAACCUUACCGGUGCUUCGCAGACUUGUUGCCCCCAAGAAAGGCCUUACAUCGUCUACCAAACCACUCAGCUAUACACGCACACGCGAGAUAGUACUGGACGCUCUACGACCCAUCGUCCCCGAUGUUGCCACUUAUGGUCUUCACAGCUUGAGAUCAGGCGGGGCAUCUGCUGCCUUCAACGCAAACGUUCCUCCAUUCCUGAUAUCCAAACAGGGCAGGUGGAAAACGGAGAGCGCCAGGAACGUAUAUUUUCAGUUAGACAACAAGUCUAAUUUGCUUGCUACUAGGAACCUUGGCAUUUAA